CAUUUCGGUUUAGUAGGUGCCAAAGACUAAUAGUAAAAAAAGGGGCAAUGAGAAGUGGGAAAUGGAACGUUUUAAUAUGAAUGUACCCCCGCGUACCUUUUAUUUCAAGCCCGUGUGUGUGUGAUGUACUUUCUCAUCGACCUGUUUAAUUUUGAAAGUCCAAAUACUCCACUUCCGGCGAGACUGUGUGUGCCUCCCGUUUGUUUGACACACCUGGAGCGGCUCGCGGCUGCACGCGCGCCUCGCGCCCCUCUCAGCGCAACACACACGGACGUUUUGUAGCCCAAGUGGUCUCGGGAUUGCGUCGCUUUUGCUUCGGGUGUCGGCCAUGGGGAGGUGCAGCAGCGGCAAGGCAGCUCAAUGAAGCGCAGGUGGCAUUCAUAGAGCGCUGCUGACAGGCGGGGCGGGGCGGGGCGGGGCGGGGCAGCGGGACGUGACGGACAGGUAAACCGCUGUGCGUUUUUGAAGCCAAUGGCCCGUGGCCGUGACGCGACGCGACGCGCAACGACUCUGAAGUGAUGGGGCCGUUGUAGCCGGCAGAGCCGCCGCGACUGUCGUUUGCGAUCCGAUACGGAGAAGGCAGGCGAUCGUGACGAGACCGCCGGGGACGCGGGCGGAGACGGCUCUGCUUUUGUGUCGGCUGUCUCGGCGGGGACAUGGCAGCGGCCAUCGCCAGCGGUUUGAUCCGCCAGAAGCGGCAGGCGAGAGAGCAACACGCCCACCGCCCGACCACUCACCGGCGACGGAAGAGCCCCGGCAAGAAGCAGGGCUUGUGCAACGGGAACCUCGUCGACAUCUUCUCCAAAGUCCGGAUAUUUGGCUUAAAGAAGAGAAGGCUACGGAGACAAGAACCGCAGCUGAAGGGCAUAGUGACCAGGUUGUUCUGCAGGCAAGGCUUCUAUCUCCAGAUGGGCCAGGAUGGAGGUCUGGAUGGGACCAAAGACGACAGCACCAACUCCUCUCUGUUCAACUUAAUUCCAGUGGGACUCAGAGUGGUGGCCAUCCAAUCAGUAAAGACCGGUCUCUAUAUCGCCAUGAACGGAGAGGGUCAUCUCUACUCCUCGGAAAUGUUCACCCCCGAGUGCAAAUUCAAGGAGUCUGUGUUUGAGAACUACUACGUGAUCUACAGCUCCAUGCUCUACAGGCAAAAGGAGUCGGGCCGGGCCUGGUUCCUGGGCCUCAACAAGGAAGGGCAGGCCAUGAAGGGCAACAGAGUGAAAAAAACCAAACCAGCUGCUCAUUUCCUGCCGAAACCUAUCGAAGUUGCAAUGUACCGAGAGCCUUCCCUGCAUGACGUAGGGGAGGCGGCGCCUAAGAUCGCCGGGGGCCCGCCUUCCAAAAGCACAACCAGCGAGCCAGUGGUUAUGAACGGUGGAAAGCCUGUCAACAAAGCAAACAAGGAGGAGACAUAACCCAUCCCUCCCUUCCCCCCACCACUUCCCCUUUCCAUCCACAAGCAAACAGAGGCUAGGAAAAGUCUGCAACAAAUGGCGACGAAAGCCAGCGCGCACCUGGCACCCCAUUGCUCUCGAGAAGAUAGAACUGGUUUCGGUGGGCGAAGGCCAAACAGGAAGAAAAUGAAGUGGCAGCAUUGUGGCAGAAAGGCUAUUGUUCAAAUGACACAAACAACGAUACAAAAUGUGUCAUCUCCUCUGGUGUUUUCAUGUGACGGUCUGGAAGAGGCCUGCUUGUUCUUCUCCGCUCAUGCUCGGUUACCUGGUAUGCUUGCCUUACACACAAUACAUUUGAAAACAUCCAGACAAAGAAAUAUGCCGGAGCGUUGAAGAUGCAUCCCAUCUGGCACCGUUCUGUAUCUGUACCUGAGCUCACUUGUUUUUUGUUUUUUUUGGGGGUUUAAGGGCACAAAACACGAAUGAACCCCCAAGCUGCAUGGUUGUGCAGAUACAGAAGAGAUUUCAGUUGCUACCUCCCUGCCAAGCACCUAAAGAAUGCUACCACCUCAUCCCUUAUGUAGCCCUUCAAGAAUUCCAGCAGCAGUUUGCUUGCAUGGCCACGUAGCAAGAACAGAAGAGCUUUCACCUUUGGAGUCCUAAGCAAAAACAAGGUGGGACCAAAUUUGUGUUUACAUGGAACGGUGGAGGACACGUCGAAUGUAGCUGAAGGG